AUGAAGGAAUCGCGGGCUAGCAAGCGGAGAAGAGUGUCUGAUGCGCCUAGCAUCGAUGGGGAUGGGGAUAUUGCAAUGGGCGAUCAGGUCGCCGCAUCUCCGACACCGCAGAAACCCCCUCGGGACGAGGAGUCUCCGGACGACGAACACACAGGGUCACCGACUGCCUCACGAUCAGUGCGACGCCGGGCAUCAAAGGGAGGCCAGAAAGCCGCGGAAGAGGAUCCGGGCAAGGAGAAUGAGAAUGGGGUAGAGACGCCCUCAAGGCCUGGUCUACGAUCGAGUGGGCGGCAGCGCAAAGCGCCUCAGCGAUAUGAAGACGAGGUAACUGGGACGCCUGCGUCUACUAGGAGGCCUCCCCCGGCGUCGGGACGAAGCGCUGCCACUCCGAGGAGUACGCGGAAGGCAAGACAUGUAUCUGAAGACGACGACGACAACGACGAAGCAGAGUCGCCGCAAUCGGAGCCUCAGACUGAGAGGCUGACGAGGACGCGGUCCAGGAGACCCCCUGUGCGGUUUACUGGGACUGAGACAAAUACGAAUGGUGAUGAGGAACCCGGGGCGCGGCAGUCCCCUUCUCCGGACGAAUACCAGGAUGGAUUGGACGAUCUUGUCUCAAUGCAAUUACAGCAAGAUCUUACCCAAAAUGAUUUGGUUGGGAAGGAUGAGACUGUCGUUGGAGGCGAAACACUUCCGGCUUACGCUGAAGCAUUGCAGACACUGGCAUACAACGGCUUGACCGCUGAACUGGGGGUGCUGUCUAGGAUUAUCCUUGACAAACUCACUGGCAAGAGAUGUAUUCCUUUGAAAGGCCUGGAGAGUGAGUAUGACAAGGUUCAUCAGCUGGUGGAGCAGACGGUCAGCGUUGGAGAGGGCAAUUCUUUGCUCCUUCUCGGAUCACGAGGUUCCGGAAAAACCGCUAUAGUCGAGACCAUCAUCUCGUUGCUAAAAAGAGAACACCACAAUGACUUCCACGUCGUUCGUCUCAACGGGUUCUUGCAUACAGAUGACCGUUUGGCGCUUCGUGAGAUGUGGCGCCAGCUUGGUCGUGAGACCAAUACUGAAGAAGAGGCGGGGAAAGUAAGCAGCUACGCAGACACGAUGGCCACUCUUCUCGCUCUUUUGUCGCACCCGGAAGAGCUGUUUGGUGCUUCUAAUAAUACAAACACCGUAACCGCAGCCAAGUCCAUUGUUAUCAUAUUGGACGAGUUCGACCUCUUUGUCACUCACCCACGUCAGACCCUCCUGUACAAUCUGUUCGAUAUUGCGCAAGCGCGGAAGGCCCCCGUUGCGGUUCUGGGCCUGACUACGAAAGUGGAUGUGACUGAGAUGUUGGAAAAGCGAGUGAAGAGUCGGUUCAGCCAUCGCUACGUCUAUGUUCCGCUUCCGAGAUCACUAGAAGGCUUUUCCGAAAUUUGUCUAGCCGGUCUGGACCUGGAAGACAAGGAGGUCUCGGACUACUUGGAAGAAGCCAAUCCCGAGGCGCGUUCACUUAUCACAUCCGAAAAGUUCGGAAGACUAUUGGAAGGGUGGAGAGCGUAUUUACAGGGCCUGUGGAGUGAUGAGGCGUUUCAAGCGCAUUUACGGAGGAUAUUCUUCCAAACCAGAUCGGCGAAGGAGUUCUUUACCAGCGCUUUGAUUGGCAUGACGGAGCUGCAUUACAGCAGCUACGACCCCACAGGCGGAGCUGCCACGCUCCAGAUCCCAACGCCAACCACUUUUAGCAGCCAAAGCCUAUCUUGUCCAGAUCCCGGACCUCUACCUUUCUCCACCUCGACGACGACCUCUGCCAGUCCCUCGUCGCUGCCCCUAUCUUUGUUGCUGGCAGCCACCCGGCUGGCUGCGUUGUAUGACCCGGGUCUAGAAGCGACACAGCCUCAGAGUUUGGCUCCUUUGGCGCUUUCAUUCCCCGCCGCAUAUGCCGAAUACGUCCGGCUUUUGACGUUUGCUAAGACAUCGGCUUCCGUGUCCGGCGCCGCCGCAACCCCUGGACGCGUCUGGGGUCGGGACGUCGCACGUGAAGCGUGGGAGAAGCUGAUCAGCUGGGGGCUGAUCAGUCCGGUUGGCGGAGGCAGUGGCACAGCAGAUGGUCGGAUGUUCCGGGUAGAAAUUAGCUUCGAAGAAGUGGUUGACAUGGCUGGAUCAGGUGGUUCUCUGGGGAAAUGGUGGCGCGACGGUUAAUUUUUGGGGUUAAUUUAGGAUGUGCAUACUUUAGUGACCCUCUUUCUCUCAGGGCUUACAUAGCGUCGAAGGAGGACUUCGCUGACAAGCGGUCAAUGCAAGAUCAACUCGGCCGAUGCCCCUAAAGGUAACGGCCAAGGAAAAAGAAAAUUAUAAUGAAACGUCUUCUGUUUCUCUUCUGAUCCUCUUAUCACCGGGGAACAUAGAUAGCAUAUCGUACUAAUCAAUACGCAAGAUUGGGUAUCGGAUUAGUUCGGCCAUGUCCGACGGCAAAGGAGAGUUCCCCCCCCCUCCCCUAUAGAGUAAGUCAUCCCCAUAUAUUGCAUGAUUGUGAAAGAAAAUGGAGUGCUCCCUGGGCCUAUAAGAUCUGUGUUAUUAGCGG